AUGAUUUCAACCAUCCCCCCUCCCCGUCCUGUCUCGGUCAAUUCGCUGGCCAGAGCGUCGGCCUCGACAGCCAUUCCCUACUCCAAACCGAGUCGCUGCACCAGUGCCGAAAUCCAGAUACCUGAUGGUCCCAUCAACCCCCCAGCUGUGGGGCCUGGGCAGCUGGUCUGCCAGUCCCCGGUGGAUACCGAAAUGGAGGAUGCGCGGAUAAGCGUGGAGACGCCUCGAUCCUGCCGAUCCGAACUGCACUUCGAAGACCUUCCCAUCGAAAUCCACGAAGCCAUUCUUGAUUAUUUAUUUGGCGAACGGGCGUCUGCAUUCACGUCGUGCGCGCCGGGCAAGUCUGUGCGCAGCUGGAAUAAGUCAUUGCGUCAUCCGCGUCGAAAGGCCCUUUCCAAUCUGGCAUUGAUCACCCCUGUCUGGAGAGCACUGGUGCAGGACCGGAUUUACAGACACAUCAAGAUCAAAGGUACCACAGAUGAAUUGGCAGAAAGUGCCCGUUGGUUCCGUGCGCAUCCCCAUCUAGCCCCGUAUGUUCGCCAUGUCGAAUUGUGGAUCCCGGUCUGGGGCAAACGAGCAGUCAAAAAUUCCUCACAUCUUCCUCCCGCUAGACGGUUCAAUGAUGAGGAUGCGGACUUUGAUCCCGUUGCGCCCCAAGCAACGAUAGCGUGGGAUGACUCCGAUACUAAUCAUAGCACCGAUUAUCGGUACCACUAUGCCAGCCACAAUGCAACACUGGAAGAGAUGUUUUCUCACGUAAAGUCUAACUUCCCUGAAGCACGCAUUCUUACCCUCGAAGGUGGCCACUGUAAACGACCGCCGAUGGUACGGCAAUUCCGCCAGGACCCGUCCGGUCAAACCGGACGGCUGCGUCUGCCUACGCUACCGGAUAUUCAGACAUUUGUCAUGCGUGGGGCCUGGAAUAUCAUGCGCGAAUAUCGGCACUGGUGGAACAUGUCGCAAGCCUUACCAGGGGUGCGUGAGUGGCAUUGCGCCUACGCCAAGCCCAAGAUCGAGGGCUAUCAGACUGUGGCAGAUAUCCUGUUGCGGAUAUCCCCACCUUUAGUUCACGUUAAUAUUAGCCUGGAGGGCUUUUAUAACAAGGACAAUACUCAAUCUGGCUGGAUUCACGAUGGCAUUAGCCCACCGCAUCUCUGCCGUUUGCUCGGAGAAGCAGCCCCGCGUCUGGAGUCCCUUGCAUUCACCGGCAAAGUCUGCGCCUGCCUUUUCCACUCAACGCGAGCAUUCAUGUCCACCUGGACCGCCAAGUCCAAGCUCAAGUCGUUGGACUUGGUCGUCAAGACCUGCUGCCGCGAAAAACGAACCAAUCCGGGUCUCGGAUUUCUCGACGACUUUUCCGGCAUCACUAACCUGAAUUUUAUCCGCUCAUUUGAGAAACUCGUCCUCGGGGCCGUACACAGUUUGCAGGUUCACUCUGCGCUGAGUUACAUGCGUAUACGCUUUAUCGACCUUGAUUCCGCCUGUCCACCCCUGAACCCCUACUUCCAGCUCGUGGACAACGAGUGCACGGGUCUGUGGAGCGAGCGGAUCCUGGAAACUCUGCACGAGGCGCGUCCUCAGGCACACUAUGUCGAGCUCUCGGAUGGAAUUUAUCCCCAGUAUGGGCACAAUCGGCAGAUCGUGGGAGCUGUGUACCCGCGAACCCGGCCGUUGAGCAUCCAUGCGUCGACUUACAAAGUGAUCGCCGAUGUCUCCAAGCCAUAG